AUGGUCGUUCGCUCUCGCUCUGGCACCGCCUUCCUCGUCAAACCAUGCGCCGAGUUGAACAGCUCUCACUCGCCCUGGCACAGUCUUCCUCAUCAAACCAUGCGUCGGAGUUGGAGAGUUCUCACUGAAGCUCCCUCCGGAUAUCUAUAUGUCAGCCAAGCCCAUUAUCCUGAGCACCAGGAGUCUACAUGCAUCAAGGACGAGGAGGAAGAGUCGCCAUCCAUUAAGGAUGAAGAAGAGUUCGUAUACAUCAAAGGCGGCCAAGGACUUUACAGAGGGAGCGUCCUGCGAAGCCUCGACAGCCGACUUCUAUGGGCUCAUAGAAAGUCUUCCAGCCCCUUCCCCUGCACUCCUCCACUAGUUCCUGAUACUUGGCCCCUUUCCUCUCGUUGGCUUCCUCAAUCCGCUCUUCCCAGGGCACGCUUUGAUGAAGGGGAUGGCCUUCCUUGGAGCAUGAGGGUGUUUGCUAGAGCUGAUGGCGGAGGCUAUACUCUCGGCAACUGUUUUGAGGACCUGGUCGUGGCGCCAGCGAUAGCAACCAUCAGCCAGGGACUUUGGGCAGCUGCUGAGGAGAUGUUCCAGGGAGCCAAAGGGAGCAGGAGGGUGUCUCGCUCUUCCCCCACACAUGGAGGUGACUUUGCGCUGCAAAGUGCCCUCCCAUCUUGUCCAUGCUCCCUGUUACCGGAGUCCCAAUGCCCUGCCCACUCGCUCUUCCUCCAGGCCUGCACGGACUUCCUCCUGGAUGAGCCCACUGAAGGGCAGCUGCAGGAUGUUGCUUGUCCCGUACAGGGCAGCACUGUUGAGGCUGCGAGGAAGACCCAGCCAUUUCCGCAGAAAGCUGCUGAUCUUCCUUUCGAAGGACUCCACCGUCGUUACUGGGACUGCAUAGACGAGGAGAGGCCACAGGAUUCUGGGAAGGAUGGAGUGCUGAUAGAUCCAGGCUUUGAAUCUGCCAGGCAGGCCAGACUUGUCCACCUUGCUGAGCCAACCACCAAGCUCUUCAGUAGACCUACGGAUAGCAGCAGAGUCCUUCAGGCUGGAGUCAAAGAGCUUUCCCAGGCUCUUGACUGGUUGCUCUGUUUCAGAAGAUAUCUUGUUGCUGAGCGGCACGAGCCAGAAACCUCUGGCGUUAUAGAGGAUGUUGAGCUCCCCCAAAUCAAAGAGGAAGAGGAACCAGAGCCCUGUCAAAAGAAGCAACUUCCAAUUAAAAAGGAGGAGGAAUGGCUGCCAUGCGUUAAAAAAAAGGAAGAGGAGGAGCCUAUCACUAGGUCAAAUGGUGAGCCCUUGAAGAGUGAAGAUGGUCCGAGUGAGGCUGGCAGAGGGGUGGAGCCUCCAAGCGGCUGCAGUAGCAGCAGCUCAACAGAAGGAUUGCAGGCAGACAUUUCCAUCGCUCCAUCAGACAGAAGUGGCACCACAUCACACUCACCUUACAAGGAUGAUGGUCAUAAGAAAUCUCACAGUGACGACAAACUCUGCAAAUGCUCUCAGUGUGGGAAAACCUUUCCUACCAAGCAAACUUGUCAUGCGCAUAUGAGGAGCCACAUUGGUGAAAAACCUUUUUCCUGCUCAGUAUGUGGUCAAGGAUUUGCUCUAAAGGGAAAUCUAACAAAACACACAAAAAUCCACAUAGGCAAAAAACCUUUUGCCUGCUCAAUUUGUGAGAAAAGAUUCAGGCACAACAGCCACUUGAUAUCCCACGCAAGAACCCACACUGGGGAAAAACCUUUUUCCUGCUCAGUUUGUGGACAAAGAUUCAGUUGCAAGAGCGCCUUAAAACGUCACACAAGAAUCCACACUGGGGAAAAACCUUUUUCCUGCUCAGUUUGUGAUCGAAGAUUUGCUCUAAAGGGAAGUCUAACCAAACACAUAAGAACCCACACUGGCGAAAAACCUUUUUCCUGCUCAAUUUGUGACCAAAGAUUCGCUCGGAAGCAACACUUAAAACAACACACAAAAAUCCACACUGGCGAAAAAACUUUUUCCUGCUCAGUUUGUGAUAAAAGAUUCACUCACGAGCAAUCCUUGAAAGAACACAUAAGAACCCACACUGGCGAAAAACCUUUUUCCUGCUCAGUUUGUGGACAAAGAUUCAGUUGCAAGAGCGCCUUAAAACGUCACACAAGAAUCCACACUGGGGAAAAACCUUUUUCCUGCUCAGUUUGUGAUCGAAGAUUUGCUCUAAAGGGAAGUCUAACCAAACACAUAAGAACCCACACUGGCGAAAAACCUUUUUCCUGCUCAAUUUGUGACCAAAGAUUCGCUCGGAAGCAACACUUAAAACAACACACAAAAAUCCACACUGGCGAAAAAACUUUUUCCUGCUCAGUUUGUGAUAAAAGAUUCACUCACGAGCAAUCCUUGAAAGAACACAUAAAAACCCACACUGGCGAAAAACCUUUUUCCUGCUCAGUUUGUGGACAAAGAUUCAGUUGCAAAAGCGCCUUAAAACGUCACACAAGAAUCCACACUGGGGAAAAACCUUUUUCCUGCUCAGUUUGUGAUCGAAGAUUUGCUCUAAAGGCAAGUCUAACAAAACACAUAAGAACCCACACUGGCGAAAAACCUUUUUCCUGCUCAAUUUGUGACCAAAGAUUCGCUCGGAAGCAACACUUAAAACAACACACAAAAAUCCACACUGGCGAAAAACCUUUUUCCUGCUCAGUUUGUGAUAAAAGAUUCACUCACGAGCAAUCCUUGAAAGAACACAUAAGAACCCACACUGGCGAAAAACCUUUUUCCUGCUCAGUUUGUGGACAAAGAUUCAGUUGCAAAAGCGCCUUAAAACGUCACACAAGAAUCCACACUGGGGAAAAACCUUUUUCCUGCUCAGUUUGUGAUCGAAGAUUUGCUCUAAAGGGAAAUCUAACAAAACACAUAAGAACCCACACUGGCGAAAAACCUUUUUCCUGCUCAAUUUGUGACCAAAGAUUCGCUCAGAAGCAACACUUAAAACAACACACAAAAAUCCACACUGGCGAAAAACCUUUUUCCUGCUCAGUUUGUGAUAAAAGAUUCACUCACGAGCAAUCCUUGAAAGAACACAUAAGAACCCACACUGUCGAAAAACCUUUUUCCUGCUCAGUUUGUGGACAAAGAUUCAGUUGCAAAAGCGCCUUAAAACGUCACACAAGAAUCCACACUGGGGAAAAACCUUUUUCCUGCUCAGUUUGUGAUCGAAGAUUUGCUCUAAAGGGAAGUCUAACCAAACACAUAAGAACCCACACUGGCGAAAAACCUUUUUCCUGCUCAAUUUGUGACCAAAGAUUCGCUCGGAAGCAACACUUAAAACAACACACAAAAAUCCACACUGGCGAAAAAACUUUUUCCUGCUCAGUUUGUGAUAAAAGAUUCACUCACGAGCAAUCCUUGAAAGAACACAUAAAAACCCACACUGGCGAAAAACCUUUUUCCUGCUCAGUUUGUGGACAAAGAUUCAGUUGCAAAAGCGCCUUAAAACGUCACACAAGAAUCCACACUGGGGAAAAACCUUUUUCCUGCUCAGUUUGUGAUCGAAGAUUUGCUCUAAAGGCAAGUCUAACAAAACACAUAAGAACCCACACUGGCGAAAAACCUUUUUCCUGCUCAAUUUGUGACCAAAGAUUCGCUCGGAAGCAACACUUAAAACAACACACAAAAAUCCACACUGGCGAAAAACCUUUUUCCUGCUCAGUUUGUGAUAAAAGAUUCACUCACGAGCAAUCCUUGAAAGAACACAUAAGAACCCACACUGGCGAAAAACCUUUUUCCUGCUCAGUUUGUGGACAAAGAUUCAGUUGCAAAAGCGCCUUAAAACGUCACACAAGAAUCCACACUGGGGAAAAACCUUUUUCCUGCUCAGUUUGUGAUCGAAGAUUUGCUCUAAAGGGAAAUCUAACAAAACACAUAAGAACCCACACUGGCGAAAAACCUUUUUCCUGCUCAAUUUGUGACCAAAGAUUCGCUCAGAAGCAACACUUAAAACAACACACAAAAAUCCACACUGGCGAAAAACCUUUUUCCUGCUCAGUUUGUGAUAAAAGAUUCACUCACGAGCAAUCCUUGAAAGAACACAUAAGAACCCACACUGUCGAAAAACCUUUUUCCUGCUCAGUUUGUGGACAAAGAUUCAGUUGCAAAAGCGCCUUAAAACGUCACACAAGAAUACACACUGGGGAAAAACCUUUUUCCUGCUCAGUUUGUGAUCGAAGAUUUGCUCUAAAGGGAAGUCUAACAAAACACAUAAGAACCCACACUGGCGAAAAACCUUUUUCCUGCUCAAUUUGUGACCAAAGAUUCGCUCGGAAGCAACACUUAAAACAACACACAAAAAUCCACACUGGGGAAAAACCUUUUUCCUGCUCAGUUUGUGAUAAAAGAUUCACUCACGAGCAAUCCUUGAAAGAACACAUAAGAACCCACACUGGCGAAAAACCUUUUUCCUGCUCAGUUUGUGAUCAAAGAUUUGCUCUAAAGGGAAAUAUAACAAAACACAUAAGAACCCACACUGGCGAAAAACCUUUUUCCUGCUCAGUUUGUGGUCAAAGAUUCACUCGGAAGGAUCGGAUGAAGAGACACGUGUGUGCUGCUGUGAGAAGCAGUGGCCAACGACUGUUUUGCCAGUCAUCCAUGCUGGCUUCAUCAGAUUUUGCAUGCAGGUUAGGUUAGGGUUGGGCUUACGUUCAUAUUUUAGGUACACUUUAUUUUUGUGAUUGCAUUUUUGUUUGGACUUUGCCAUUUUGUGUUUUACCUUUUCUGGCCAUCAACGUCUUUCCCUUGGUUCUCUCGCCGACUGGCAUUAUUCAUAUCAUACUCUCCCUUUCAAACUACACUUUUCACAUUUAAUAUUUGAAACCGCAGACCCCAAAUUCAAAAUCAUUCAUAAAUAUUGUCAUUCAAUAAAUAUGGAAAUUUAGAAUUUAUUGUUCAAUAUUGCAAAAAUAAUUUAAAAAAAAAAUACUGGCUCACAAAUGAGUUUUUUGUGU